AUGCGCAAUACUCAAGACCCAAAACGACCGUCAAAGAGAUCCCGAGUUGGCGAUGCGGCUUUAGGAAAGACAAUGCAGAUUGACGAUACACGAGUCAAGCGACGUCGCACAUCACAAAGCAAGAACGAUAUCAAUAAGGCGCACACGCCAGCCACAAGCAACUCAAAGGAAAAGCAUGGGGUCGAAGAGCAGUGUACAUUAGCCCGCUCUGUGUCUACUGUACAGAAAAGCGAACCGCAAUAUGAAACUUGGUCGUCUACCAGCAUGGUAGCUGGUCAGUACAGCAACCUAGAUCCAAUUUUUACGAGUGAUGACGAGUAUCUCCUCCUUGGUCUCGAGACUGCAGUCCAUGUCUAUUCUCUUGCGACUUCGCGCCUUCUUCGAACACUUCCAUCAACAGCUGGAGAUAGCAUAACUGGAUAUAAACUCUCUCCGGCAAACCCAAACUUCCUCUAUGUGUUUACGUUGAGCGGUUCUGUGACCAAGUGGGAGUGGCUCUCUGGCGAACAAUGCUCGUCUUGGGAAGUAGGUCACAAGACGAUUUCUGUCGACGUGUGCCUUAGUGAUUCUGGGAACGAUCUAUUGCUUUUCAUUUUGGAACGCAAGGAUGGAAAACGUGUGAUCGCGCUCAAUGCCUCCCCUAAUGACGCCUCACAGUACAUGAUUAUACUCGAAACACAUGUUCAGAUCACUAACCUCAAGGUUGCAUGCCAAGGCCAAUUUAUUGUAGCAUACAGCGACCGGCAUGUGUUUUUCGGCUGGACAGGGCUUGUUCAGCCUUCCGAUUCUGUUCGUUAUAUUUGGAAAGAGGUCAACUUGCCUGUCAGCGUCAUGUGCAUUGAUGUUCGGCAAUACACAGCGUCGAAUCGCCCUGGAGCGCAGGGGUCAAAAGAUCGGGAUCAUGCGGAAAAGGUCGAUCUAGUCUUAGGUGAACGAAAUGGUUCUAUUCUCAUAUACUAUGACAUCCUGCGUUUUGUCAAGGAUGAGGGAGGCCGUCAACAUGAAAGAAACCUCACUCCUCGGCGCCUUCAUUGGCAUAGGAGUUCUGUGAACAGCGUGCGUUGGUCUAAGGAUGGAAACUACAUCAUAACAGGUGGCCAUGAAUCGGUCAUGGUGCUCUGGCAGCUGGACACCGGUAGAAAACAAUUUUUGCCUCAUCUUUCGUCUCCGAUCGGCAACAUAGUUAUAUCUACAAGCGGGAAUCUAUAUGCCGUCAAAUUAGCGGACAACUCGAUUAUUGUCCUGUCAGCGAGAGAAUUACAACCUUUCUCUACCAUAACAGGGUUGCAGCUGUGUCCCAAAACUGCAAAGGCUCAUGGCAAGAUUUCACCUGAAGACCAGCCCCUGUUCGAGUGUGUUCCUGCUGCAAUGCAUCCACAGAACCUCGAUCACCUUAUUAUAGCUGUCCCCGCCUCUCGUCAGAUGACUCAGGAAAGUCACCCCCUGGUCAAUGCCUCCAUGCUUCAAACCUACGAUAUCCGUACCAACAGCCAUAUUUCCCGUCAAGCUCUUGCACGCACCAACGCGACUACGUUGAAGAUUGGCCCUGAUGGCUCUCACAUAGUUACUCCGGACGUUACCCACAUCAGUGUUUCCAACGAUGGUAAAUGGAUGGCCACCGUCGACAGUUGGAGCCCCUACAUACGAGACAUGCAAGCGCUGUAUCAUGGGGAUUCAGGAAUUAAUCAUCCUUCGGAUGGCUUCCAGGAAACUUUCCUGAAGUUUUGGAGAUGGAACAAUACUUCCAGCCUGUGGGAGUUGGUUACCCGAAUUGACGGACCCCAUUUCUGUGACAAAGGUUCCGUGCGUGUUUUGGAUGUUGCAGUACGGGCAUACAGCGCGGAGUUUGCGACCAUCGGUUCAGAUGCAGUCUUGCGUUUUUGGUGCCCGAGUACUAGGCAGCGCAGUGGCUUAAAAUCUGACAACCCAGAAGAGCCCAUGGAAACCUGGAAAUGUCGGAGAGCCAUUGAUUUGAAAACUUACAUCGAUGUCGGCAUGGCACACUCACUAGGUGCAGCUUCCAUAGAAUUUUCUCAGGAUGGGUCUGUUCUUGCCGUCUGCCUGGGGUCCAAUGCAUGCCUCAACUCCGGACUUGCUAUAUUAAUCGAUGCGCAAAAUUGCAGCGUCCGUUACAGCAGAGUCGGUUUAUAUAAGGGCAUGCCCUGCGCGGCUGCGUUUGUCGGGUGCAAUCUUGUUAUAGCAUCCCAAGAGGCAGUCUCCGUAUGGGAUACAGUUGAUGAUAUUGUCAGGGCAGUCAAAUUGCCUGGGUCCGGAAGCGUUUCGUCCAAGCAGCCUCGUUUGCUGGCUGCAAGCUCUGAGACUAAUACCUUCGCUGUGUCAGUACAGUGCCCACAGAAUCAUCAGCAUUCAAAGAAGAGCCGUAUGAUCCGAUCCUCUAUACAGGUAUACGAUGUUCCCACAUUAGCGUUGCUGUCGGAAACUACCCUUGGGCAUCAUCCAGUUGCCUUACUAUCGGCUAUGCACUCGAGCGAUUAUGUUGUUGUUGAUGUUGCGGCCAACGUCCAGCGGAUUGGCCGUCUCGAUCAGAGCUUCCAGAGCAAUGGUCAUUCGCGUGACCUUGGUUCUCACCUUAACUCGGGACUUGGAAAUCUGUUCGGCCAGCAUGGUCGUGGGAAGUCUCAAGAUCCACAGCACAUUAGUACUGGCUCGGACAAUCAAAUUCAGCAGAAAGAACUGGCUAACGUCUUCGGUGAUGCGCCGCCCUUCGUUAUGCCCCCCGCCAACAUGAUCUUCCGCAAUGUGGUAGAUGCUCUUUCUAGUUAG